CCCCGCCUACUUCAUUCUCCCAACAGCCCACCAUCAAUAUUUGUGGCAUUGAGUUCUUCGUAAUCCACCAAUGUGUGGCUUUUAGUUACGUUGAAAUCCCAAAUUGUGUUAUUUAUUUGGUUAUACGUAUUGUAAUAUUAUGGCAAAAAAGCCAUUCUCAAUUGAUGAUGCUUUUGAUGAAAAUCUCGACGAUGUGGUGGUACGCGUUUACGGCAGCACAACUGUCGAUAAAUUGGCGUUCAAUUCACGAAAUAAUAGCGGCGUGAAACCUGCAUCUAGUGAAGGUAGUGCACGAAGCAAACACUUGUAUUCAUAUUCAAACAUCUUUACUGAUACACAAUGUGUUGAAAAUCAAAUUACAAACAUAAACUCAUCAGCAGUUCCUCAUGGCACACAUCCACACCACACCCCAGUAUUACUGAGCAUUCGAACAGGAAUCAUGCAGGAUGACACUGCAUCUAAAGACAGUGACUCCCUUAUUCAUGAAAGUUACCAAUACUCACCAUCAUACUUUGAUCCAGACAGAAUUUGGUGGAAACAUCCUCGUGUCAAAGAAAAUUGGAAAGUUGUAGCUACUGCCUUUGCCCUGGUCAUUAUUGGAUUGGGUUUAUUGGUCACAGGGAUUACUGUGUUGAUACUUCCAUCAGGAGGAGUUCAAGGUUUAGUUUUUCUUAUCAUAGGAGUGAUUUGCUUUAUUCCAGGAGCUUAUCACAUUGUCUACAUUUAUCUUGCCGUCAAGGGAAGGAAAGGAUAUAACUUUUAUCAUUUGCCUCUCUUCAAUUAAGACCUACAAAAAUCCGAUUAUGAAAUAUCCCAGAUGCUGCCCCAACGUGCCAUAUUGGGGUGUUACGUGUUCUCCCUCGACACUCACCAUUCGGCAGAGCUAGCUUUUUGUAACCGUGUACAGUGAUUCAUCGCUUCCUCUUUCAUAACUCUCUAAGUUUUUUGCUCAACAUUUGGUUGUACAUAUUGAACCUCAUAGCUCGGUUUUCUUUUAUUUGCAUUUUUUGUCUCCCCAGAAUUUGGACCAUUUCACUUCUGUGUUAUUACAAUUUUUUUUUUUUUUUUUUUUUUGUACUUACUAGGACAUUUUCACUCUCAGAUGAAUCUCGUUUUUAUAUUUGGACGUUGUGUUUCUGCCUGGGCAGAGUGUACAGAGUACGAAAAUACAACGAAAGCAUUUU